UUUACAGGAGCGUGAUAACAAGGCGAGCGCUGUUCAGCAGGAAGUCAAGCUAUACCAGCCAAGUGCGCAUGCGCCGCAGCUCACCACAAUCUAGGGCUGCGUUUCUCAUCAUAAAACGAUGAACAAACUGGAUAGCUGUUAUAUGAAAGCGGCCCUCCUCUGUAGUCUACUCUGAGUGUGAUGGCGACCCCUGAGGAGGUCACAGUGUCCAUGGGGGAGGUAGUAAUGGUGAAGGGUGAGGGCGAAGAAGACCCCGAUGACCCUAAUAAGACUCAGGUCAUCCUCCAGCUCCAGCCAAUUACCACUGGAGACGAAUCCGCCGAAACAGAUGCUGCUGUGAUGGCUGUUGAAGCACAUCCAGAGCAAACGGAGGGAGAUGACGUCGAAAUUGGCUUACCCAUAACAUGCGGCGACAGUAAAGCUGUGUUGCUAGUGAAGAAAUUUGUGUGCCCGGGAAUCAAUGUAAAAUGUGUGAAGUAUGAAGACCAGCUGAUCAGCCCGAAGCAGUUUGUGCACAUUUCUGGGAAAGCCACUCUGAAAGACUGGAAGAGAGCCAUCAGGAUGGGUGGCAUCAUGCUAAGAAAAAUGAUGGAUUCGGGUCAGCUGGACUUCUACCAGCACAGCACGCUGUGUACCAAUACAUGUCGGAGCACCAAGUUUGACCUUUUAAUCAACAACACAAGGUUCCCUCCUGACGGCACUGGACUCACCACACCCACGUCCUCUCAAGCUCAGGUGAUGCUGGGUAAUGGCGGGACAGUGGGCGAGGACAGAGCAGAGGUUCUGACCGGGAAGGCGGACUGGAGCUCACUGGAGUCCGCAGACAAGAAGGAAUCGAAUGAGAUCUCAGAGGACACGCUGAACUUCUGGAAGGGCAUCGCUGAUGUGGGUUUGCUGGGUGAAGUGGUGACAAACAUCAGUACAGAGCUGCUGGAGCUGCUGAACGGCGUGCAGCAGCGCCGGGAGUCGGCUGCCUUACAGGACACAGAUUCCUGUCUGGUAGAGGUGGCGGUGCUCAGUAACCUUGCCCAAGUGUUCGGCCUGCUCGACUCAGUCAAGAAGAUCCUGGAGAGGAGGAAGCAGCAGACGGAUCCCAGCCAGGAGCAGAUCCUCAGCACGCUCGCCAACCUGGAGGUGCAGUUGGAAGAACAGAGGAAGCAGCAGCAGGUGCGAGCUCUCCUGUCCUGCCCACAGCCUGCCAAAAACAAAACUCCCACCAAGCGCCAGACCAAGCGGCCUCGCCUCCAGAGGCCCGCCUCCACCACCACCCUCCUGACCUCCCCCAUCAACCAGCAGGCCGCUCUGCAGCCCCAGCAGUUCACCGUUCUUUCCCCCAUCUCGCUGUCCUCCGUGGGUCAGCCGUUCACCAUGGCAGGCCUGCCCAUCGCCACCCUGGCCCAGUCCUCCAACACGGUCACCUUGCUCCCCGCCGGCUCACAGCUCUUCACCCGCUACAUGGUGACCGGAGACGGGAAGACGGACACCAUCACCUUGCACCCGUCGUCGGGCCUCACGCUGGUGGGCACCACCGCCAUGCAAGACUCCAGCCAGCUGGGCACGAUGAUGAGCCCCUUAGAGCUGGUGCACCUGAGCCAACAAGCGGGCGGCGCAGAGGUGGUGCCCAUAGAAGGCCAGGUGGUGGACGGCACCAUGCUGGUGCAGCAGGAGGUGAUGCAGGGCGAGGGGGAGGCCAGCCAGGAGCACACGGUCAUCGAGAUCAACCCGGCUCCGAUGGAGCAGGCGGUGGGAGUGAUGGAGCUGCAGCUGACCGGGGAGUCGGGCAGAGGCGAGGACGCCAUGGUGGUCCAGAGCGGCAUGGAGGUGACGAUGGCUGCAGGGGGGGAGGAGACACAGUGCCAAAUGCAGGAGGCGCAGACUGAAGGGGUUCAGGGGCUGCAGCUGGAUGCCAGUGGACAGCUAUCAGGUGUACAGAUAGUGGUGAUAGAAGAAAAUACUCAGGAAGAAAACAAGGUCAAAUGAGACUCACCUAUUUAAUCCAGCAGAGCAGGUAUGGACUUGUUGAAUGACAGAUUGUGAAACUGUAACUACACAGAAUUUCCAAAUCCACAAAUUGCCUUGGCCUAAGACCAAGCACUAGGGUAGCCAUUCUUUCUUUUUUUGGUGUGUGUGUGUGUGUGUACAUGCUCCUCUCAACCCUUUUGUUGAUUUGUAUUGAAACAAAGAGGCACCACAACAAAGAAUAUACUGUAUGCUUCUGUUUGUUUUGUAUGUAAAGGAUAAUUCUGGUUUAUUACUUGGGUCUAAUAUUUGUAAUUUUGGCUAUAAUUUCUUGCUCUAACAUGACACUGUACUCAGCAAAUGAAUUACUGGGAUGUGAGAACGUGUCAAUGUUUUUAAAAUGAAGUCAGAUGGGGCAAGGAAUACACGACAGACAGAUUUUUAACAAAUCUCCACGUUAGGCGCACUUUUGGAAGGAAAACGUCCAUUGUCAUCCAUUGAAGUUUUUUGAGUUAGGGACCCCUGGUUCAGGUAAUCUGGCUAAACUGUUGGCUAGUUUACAAACCGGUCUGAUCGUCUGACUGCUUGCGUUUCAUGCUCUGUCUCACCUUAGUAAAGAUGAUAUAGCUGGAUUCCCCGAUCUCAGCAAUGACCUUGGUCAGAAUAAUGUCAUCAAAACCUAUAAAUAUGAUGGCCAAAAUUACAGAAAUACCUGGUAAGUGGUUACCUGAAUUAUCCUUCAGGCCUCUGCGAACAACCCGUGGAUACGAGAAUGCACUGUAACUGAAAAGUCUACAGUUUAAUGGUGCAGUCAGUUCACAUCCUCUUUACACUGACUCAGUAGCAGCAGGCUGCAAGUCACGGCCGUCUUCUCUUGAACAGACUUAUUACCAAGAACAGUGUUGGUGUCGCUUGAGGUUGGGAUUAAUUGCACUGUUGUGUUGUAAUGUUGCAUCCAAGCUGUAUUGUUUUUUGCACUGUACGUCGUCCUGUUAGGACUACAGGAAGAUGUUUGCAACAACACCUGCUCUCUAAACAUUUCUUUAGAAUCUGAACCCACUUUUGGGUGGUUUUUUUGUGCGUAGUUAAAUGGAAACAGACUGAACUCCUCUCACUGGAAUUGCAUUGUUUGUGCACCUAACUCUCUCAGUGGUUUUUCACAGACUCCAUUUACUUUCUUUAUUGUGAUCAUCUAUUGUUUUAUCUCAGUAUGAUAGGUAGUGUGAGCUACUGGGCUGAUUGUUUAAGUCAAUAUAUAAAAAUAUAUAUAUACUUAAUGUCAAACUUGGUAUGCCUGUAUUUUACACCUGUGAAGUAGUGUCAUAUUUAUUAAUUUACAAAGUGAAGAAAAUGGCCUCCCUGUUUAAGGUGCAAACUUGGGUUAAUUUAUGCUCUUGGCUUGUAGUUCACACCAACAAAGACCUGUUCAAGACUUGUGCAUUUCCAAUAAUUUAAUUUAACAAAUGAGGGUAUUUGCAUACUGACUUUGUAAUGUGUUUUAAUAUCAGAUUAAAACAGAAAAACAAGUGUGA